AUGGACCCGGGGAGAGUUUGGAGUCCGUGUUGCACGGUCCACGAUUACGGGAUCCUGAGCGAGGACGUUCCUGUCACCAUCAAUCCGAGAGCCAAACGGCAGCAGAAGGGCAGAGAUGCCGAGGUGGAGAAAGCGCUGUUCCAUGUCGUGCUCGACACCCAAAGUAAAGUCACGUUGACCGACUUCAUUCUCCACCAGAAGGCCAACCAACUGCACGAGGACGCAGGUGUAACGACGAAGCUCUCGCUUUCGUGGGUGUCGAGGUUCAAAGCCCGACACGGCAUCAAGUCUCACCGACUGCAUGGAGAGGCGACCUCAGUCGAGCGAGAGACCCUUCACCAGCGGCUCCAGGAACUCCGGACCCUUCUCGACGGCUACGCGGCAUGCUAUGUUUUCAAUAUGGAUAAAACCCGUCUAUUCUAUCGCAUAAUUCUUCGCGGGCUCUGGCAACGAUGCCUUUGA